UCAAUUUAAGCUGUUGUGUUUACAGAAAGAAAAAAGAUUGCUCGAGUUUUGCAUUUGAUUGCAUUUCUCGAGUUUUGUUUGUUUUUUGUUCGAAGUGGAUGCACCAAGUACUUCUACACAUGUAGCACUAUAGAUAGGCUCUAAUCACUCUUCCUUCGUGUCUGAUCUUAUCCGAAACAGCAAAAACUGCACAGAAAGCAAUGGAUUCAUCGCUCGAACCAAACCAGCGAAAGCCAAACGCCGUGAGUGUUCCGGUGAAAACGAAGGAGAUUGCAUUAUUACGGAAGGAGAUCGGCGAAGGAGACUGUAUUAUUACGGAAGAGCCUUGGGUGUACGCCGUUGAUGACAAGAAACGCGAAACACACUGCAGCUGUUGCUUGCGUCGCUUGCCAGGGGAUCUCUCCGAAAACAGCAAGACCACGGCCUCGCGCUGCUCCGGAUGCCGUUUCGCGCAUUACUGCUCCAAAGAAUGCCAGAAAGCGGACUGGAAAAGCGUGGGUUCUCACAAACUGGAGUGUUCCAUCUGGAAGCGCCUGCCUUCAGGCACCCGUCCCCCGAAUCAUUUCCAUCUGGCCCUCCGCAUCCUCCUCAAACUGCACACUCCCCAAAAUCUCUCCGAAAUUUCUGUCUCUCUCUCCCAUCCCGGACAUACGACGAUCUGGAGUCCCAUUCCAAAGAACUCUCACAACAACCUGCGACGAUGGAGUACGCUGCACUUCUCCACCGGAUGCUCAUCCACUACCUCUCUUUCACCGAUCUCCACACCCCCACCUACUGGGAGGCCAGUAUCUCAUUGACGGAUGUGGUGGCGAUGCUGGGACGUAUCCGCUGCAAUGCGUAUAUGAUUACGGAUGAGGAUAUGGAUGUGGUGGGGCAGGGUGUGUAUCUGCAGAGCUCGCGCUUCGAUCAUUCCUGCCAGCCGAAUGCCAGCCAGAUAUUCUUCGGGAAGAAGUUAUCGAUACGGGCUAAUCAGAAGAUUUCCAGUGUGACGGAUGUGCGGAUCGCUUAUAUUCCGCGGAUGUUUCCGGCCCGGCAGCGUCAAGCAGUGUUGAAAGAGACGUUCUUUUUUGACUGUGAUUGCCCCAGAUGCAGCAGGCCGGAGAAGGAUGCGGAAGAGUUCGGCUUGCGCUGCCUCAAUGUCAACUGUAAACAGUCCAUUCCCAGCGACGAGCGCGCAGAUGACCCUUGUCCGACCUGUGGCACGGCCCCGCCUGACCACGUUAACCGAUUGCAGCAAUAUGAUCGUCUGGUGGAAACAGUUAUCACUCUUCUGGAAAAGGGGGCAGAUGCGGAUCCGGAUGUGGAAAACUGGAAACUGUUGCAGCGGUGCAGCUCCUUGAUGCAUGACGGUAAUCCGAUCUUGACCGCUUUGACUGUCUUCUGUUUCCGUGGGGCUCCAGAUGAGUAUUUGUCGCGAGCCGAAAUGUUAAGGACUGCUAUUUCCUUUGCGCGGAAAUUCCUUCCUGUUGUGGAUCCGCUCAGAUCGUUCAUCUUGUUCACAGCCGUCGUGGUUUUCACUAGAGCAACAUGUCAGCCUGAUUGUAAAAUGACACGGUCAGAGACUGAGAGAUUGUUGAAAGAUGCCUACGAAACUCUUGCUGUGACGUACGGAACGAACUCUGCCCACUGCAAGGAUGUCAAGUUGGCUCUCACGAAAUUUUUGUGUCUUUGAUGAGUGGGCGGCGGUUUUGGAAAAUCAAAAUUUCUAAUGAAGUUUGCGAUAUUUUACUUUGUGUCUUUGCGAUAUUUUAUUUUGUGGUCUCGGAUUUGAAUACUUAAAAUAAUUCGGUUGAAACUGAAGCAGUUGGCAGUUACGUUACAUCCGCUGAGUGAUCCGCAUGCCUCGAUUGCUAUAACACCACAGUGACCAGUCACCACACAGCUGAAAAAUAAAAACAAUUUCGCUUUUGCAACAUUUUCAUUUUUUCUGACGUGCCUUCGCUGCGCUUUUGAAUCUUCGAUGUGGGAGACCGAAGCCGCGAAGCCCAUUUCGAGUAUUAAAAUUAUGAGAAAUGAGCAGCAGAAAGAAACCGCGGGAUUUUUGUUCCCCUCCGGAUCCUCUAUCAUCAGACGCGGCCACGGAGAACGAAGAUCUUUCGCGGUUGCCGUACAAGCGCCGACGGCGAGAGGCACUGUGCGUGCCUUCAUCGAGUAGUGAUGCUGGGUCUGUUGGAACAUCAACAUCAUCGUCACGAUCGUCUGUGAUAGAAUUCACGGGAUCUGCAUCGCAUCCACGCGAAGUGGGAUAUCCUCAGCGCAGAUCCGUGUCAGUGGCAUCGACAGCCUUGUCAUCCGAAGCGCUUCCACCAAGCCCCGAGGCAUACAGCUCGGAGACGGCCUCGUCUUCCUGCACCAGUGAUUUCACUGGGAAUUAUCGUGUUUUGCCGCGAGGAAGAUUUAGCGCUGUCCGCAGUUUGUCCGCGACAGCACCGUCCAGGGAACUGCUGCAGUUUUCCGAGCAUGGAAAGUACAGUGCAACACCGCGUACGGUUCCCCAUCUUUUCGAGCAUUCCCACUAUCUUCCGUCGUACAUUGAUAACUACUGGGAUUUAAUCAAAGUCAGAAGUAUUAUGCUGCAGAAUGCUGCAGCAGCCGUGCGAACGGCUUAUGAGGCCGUUUACGGCGCACAAAUGGCAUCGUAUUCGCGGUUAAUGAUUGCGGCGCUUCGAGAUGGACUU